AUGGCAGAGACAGGGAAUGGAUCAGUUUUGAAUGAAAAUCGCACAGCCCGCGACCAAAAUCAUCCAGGAACCCCAGACGGUUUUGUGGAAACCUCAUUAAGACUGAUUGAUGACCUGAAGUUCUUUUUGGCCACCGCUCCAGUAAACUGGCAUGAAAACCAAGUCAUCAGGAGAUACUUUCUGAACAAGGAAGAGGGGUUCGUCUCCUGUGUGUAUUGGAACAAUCUGUAUUUCAUCACAGGAACAGACAUUGUACGCUGUAUUGCGUACAAAAUCCACCAUUUUGGACGAACCAUCAUUGAUAGAAAGAAAUUUGAAGAAGGGAUCUUCAGUGAUCUCCGAGCCCUUAAAUGCGGUACCGACGCUGUGUUGGAGAAUCCACGGUCGCCUUUCCUCAAGUUUCUACACAAAAAUCAAUGUCUCAGGACACAAAAGAAGCAGAAAGUGUUUUUUUGGUUUAGCGUGCCCCAUGACAAGUUGUUUGCCGAAGCACUGGAAAGAGAUUUAAAAAAGGAAUAUGCUAAUCAGCCGGCUACCACCCGGGCUAUGAGCGAGCCUUCCUUAUCCCUAAAAUUUGAC